ACAAGUUGAAGUGGCAUAUUAAAACUACAUGGAAAUUAAAAUUAAAGGGUUGUUACUUGUUAGUUAGGUGUCAUAAGUCAUAUGUGACUAAUUUUUUACCAUCUAAAUUAAUUGUACUUAUGAAAUAUUGAAGAACCUAUGUUACUAAAAGGAAAAAUAAAAUAAAAUAAAAACACAAUGAUAUUGACAUAAGACCACGGAUUGUAUUUAGUUUUUUAGAUUUUUUUGAAUGAAUGAUGAUAAAGGGGGACCAAGUUAAUUAAAGUAGAAACACACAAACACAUAAGACAUUGGAUCAAGUUUUCUUUGGUUCCCUAUAGACAAGUCAGCAUCAUUUUAAUGAUGUGGUGGUGGUGAAUACGUGUUCAAAAAACUUAUGCUUAUUUUGAUGUUAUAUAUAGCAUUAUAACCGUUCUUAUACCAUCAACCACUCAUAUCCAUUUUGUCAAAUUGUUCUUUUUCUCUUCACUUUGUAAUCAAAAAUAAACAAAGAGAGAAAAAUGGAGAGAGGGAAUGAGAUGAAGUUAUCAAAGUUUAAGACAAUUUGUGUGUUUUGUGGUAGUAGUCCUGGUAAUAAAACUAGCUAUAAGGAUGCUGCUAUUGAACUUGGAAGAGAAUUGGUGUCAAGAAAUAUUGAUUUAGUUUAUGGAGGAGGGAGCAUUGGUUUGAUGGGGUUGAUUUCUCAAGCUGUUUACAAUGGUGGUGGACAUGUAAUUGGAGUGAUUCCCAAAACACUUAUGCCAAGAGAGCUUACUGGAGAAACAGUGGGGGAAGUGAAGGCAGUAGCUGACAUGCAUCAAAGGAAAGCUGAGAUGGCUAGAAAUUCUGAUGCCUUUAUUGCCUUACCAGGUGGCUAUGGGACACUUGAGGAGCUCCUUGAGGUGAUAACAUGGGCUCAACUUGGCAUCCAUGAUAAACCUGUGGGUUUGCUGAAUGUUGAUGGAUACUACAAUUCCUUUUUGUCUUUCAUCGACAAUGCUGUGGAGGAAGGGUUCAUUAGCCCCACAGCUCGUCAUAUCAUUGUAUCUGCCCCAACACCAAAAGAGCUUGUCAAAAAUAUGGAGGAAUAUUUCCCACAACAUGAAAGAGUUGCCUCCAAGCUAAGCUGGGAAAGUGAGCAGCUAGAUUAGUCCUCAAAAUUGAGAAAUCUAGACAUGAUUAGAUGGUGAUGGCAGUUUGUGUAGAGAACAAUUGUUAGUCAGAAUGUGACACAAAUUGAGGGACUAAUAUGGUAGAAGAUCACAAUUUCAUGGAGCCGGGAUUUUUGUGUGCUCUUACAUUUCCUUGUUAUUAGUGUAAACAAUAGAUUUGGAAUCUUAGCUAUGAAGGCUAACUACUUUAUGCUCAAUGUGAAUUCUGUUUUCUGUUUUCAGACUCAAUCUGUUAACUGAAAAGAAAAACAAAAAAACAAAUUGAGCACAGAAUUGAAGUAACAAUACAAACCCUCCUCUUUGACACA